CUGACAGAGCUGGGGUGGCCAAAAAAAGCCUGGAGUGCAAGCCAACAGUGGAAGCACAAGGAAGAGAGGAAAGCAAGCAGGAUCAUCGCUGAAAUGGCCACCAAACUUGUGGAUCUGGUGUAUUGGCGGAAAAUGAGGAGGACCGGUGUGGUGUUCACGGGGCUGGUGAUCAGUCUGGCCAGUCUGUUCCAGCUCAGUGCCAUCACUGUGCUGUCCCACAUCUGUCUGGGUGUCAUGAGUGUCACCUUCACCCUCCGUCUUUACUAUAAACUGCUGGAGCUGCUGCGCUGGAACCCCGGGGUCCACCCCUUUCAGUCGUAUCUGGAUAACGACAGCUCAUUGACAGAUAAGGAGACGGUGAUGCUGGUAGAGGAGGUGGUGCUGCUGAUUGCAUUUGCCUUCACAGAGAUCAAACGCCUGCUUUUCAUCGAGAGCAUGAUUGACUCUCUUAAGUUUGUUGUGCUCCUGUAUCUGCUGACCUAUGUCGGUGUUGUAACCAGCGGACUGACUCUGGUGAUAACUGCUGUGAUCGUUGUUUUCUCCCUUCCUCUGUUGUAUAAAAAGCAGCAGAUGCGGAUAAGGAGGAUGGUUAGAGCGGUCAAAGCUUUUGUAAAGAGAAUCAAAAACCUGUGCCUCAGUCUGUAUGAGUCAGUGAGACCCUCUCCUGCCCCUGCACCCGGCCCAAAACCUGCACCCACAGCUGCACCUGCCGCCCCCAAACAGAAAGCCAAGUCAAAGUAACUUGUUGGUUGCGUGUUGGAAGCACCCAGGAUUAGGAAUUUGGAAAAUGUUGGAAUGGUACAUCCUCUGUGGGGCUGCUUUGAUGGGCAUUUAAUUUCCAUUUCUCCACAAUAAUGCUUGUUUAUGGGAGAUUUUAUUGAUCCUGACAGCUAAAACAAAGCUGCCAUUCACGCACGGAGAAAGAGUGGAAGUGUAUGAGGAGAGAAUUUUAUUUACUUUGUGGGCAGCGUUUAAUAUAACCAGUUCACACAGUCAUCUACUCCAAGCAGGGACAGAAUACCACUGUUUUUUUCCUUUGAUAACAAGUCUAUUUUUAGCUCACAACCCAGUGAACACCAUGUUCCUGUUGAGCUGCAGAAUUAUUCAUAGCAAAGCAGUGAAGCAUUAUUGCUGCGUUCAUUAUGUAGCAUCAUAUAUUGUUAGGUGUAUAGAAUAAAUCUGACAUGAACAUCCCCUGCCAUUAAUUAACAUUAAUGGCUUUGCGCUUGCAAUGUUGCAGUAUUAGCAAAAGCUUUUUAAGCAGCAACACAACUUUUAAGAGACUUACAUGAGAAAUAAUGAGAGCAUUGUCCUCUGCUUGUCAUGCUUAUUGCAUUUAAUCAGGUACAAACACUGACUGCCUGCUGUUUCAGUAGUUUGGUGAUUAAAGGUACAAAGUGCAUCAACAAAAUAACUCUUAACAAGUGAGAGUCUCUCCAGGAGAUACUCCAGCUGUCUCCAGCAGUAACUCUAACUAAAAUUGGACUGGUUAGUAGGACAAAAAGACACCAUUUUAGGGCACAAUACAGCAGCAUUUUUUUUACUUUGCAGAUAAGACAACUUUAUUGCUGCUCUUAUGUUUAAACUGCUGGUUAAGAGUUUUAAUUCUUUUGGCCACUCGGGCAACGGAAACAAGCUGUGAACAAAACGUUGAAACACUAUCACUCUCUGUGUCUGCCAAAUUAAUAUUAAUAUCAGCUCUGUUUUGCUUACCAGUUAGUGGUAAGCAAAACAGAGCUGACUACAACACUUGACUCAACACUUUUUACAUAACCAACAGACACAGAACCAACAAGUCCUUCAACCCAUACGACCACAUAGGUUGUUUGUUCUUACCCUUUAACCCUACCCUACGUUUUAACACCAACCUUACCAUAACCCUAAAUUAGUGCCCCUAGCGGUGGCAAGAGAUCAAAACAUCCUCGUACCUAAACAUAACGGUUGCAGUUCUAAACACGUUGUUAACCUUGUGAAACAUUGCAGUUCAGUUAGAUUUAGGCAACAAAACUACUUGGUUAGGUUUAGGAACGGAUUAUGGUUUGGGUUAACAUAAAUAUGUUUGUGAUGUAUUUUCAGUUAAGUAGGAAAGUAACUUAACUUAAGUAGUCUACGUAACUUAACUUAUGUAUGUAACUUCACUUACGUAUGUAACAUAACUUACGUUGACUUUUGGUUUCAUACGCCAUAAAAUUCCGUAUUUAGACUAUUCUGACUCUUGCGCAUUUUUAGGCAUUUCAUGGCAAUGUCAACAUCCUGAAGAUAGAAUGAUGAAGUAAAUUACAUUUGAAUCAAGAACUUUCUCUUUGAUAUUUCUGUCAGUCCAUAAUACAACAAUUUAAUAUUUCCAGCGAGGAUCUGAAUGUCAAUACAGCUGGUGGCUGACACAAAUCCAUGUCAACAUUUUCCAAAUCAACCAAAAAUGUGUUCAUUGUUUGUUCCUAAAAAUACAUAACCUUAAAAUUACACAGAACACCUCAUAAAGUAAAGUGUGUAAAAAACUGUGAGCAGUUAUUUUAGUGCAGCUGUUUAACUGUUGGUGACCAUGUACUCUCUAGUGGUCGGUGUUUCAGACCUUACAACGCAGCUGCAUUCAUACUAACAUGUCUUAAUGAACUGAAGUUAUUUACUGUUGUUUCACAUUAUGGGCUUCACUAUUAGCUUUGGUAAUUUCAGUAUGUAGGAAAAAAAAGGGGUCAGUACACCUCAAUUAUAAAACCAAAACUAUUUUCACACUAUUUUCACUAUUUCUUUGGCAGACAGUAGUCGCUAUGAAAACAGCAAGAUUUAUAGAAAAGAGAGGUUCCUGUUAAACAAAUGUAACUUUUCACAGGUUUGAGCAACACAACCUCCAUUGUGCUGAGGAGGCAGCAGAUAGACAGAUACAGUAUCUCAAAACCUGGAUAUCAAAACAAUGUGUAUUGCUACUAGAAGUAAGGGAGAAAAUAAGUCUUUCUGUAAUUUGGGUGAACUGACCCUUUAAAGAUGCACCCACACAACAGCUUACCAUGGUAAGAGUUGAUAUCACUUAACAGAAAUAUUUAUAUCAUUUUUACUGCCUAUUUUUGGCUGUUGAUGUGGAAUUGACAUAUUUGUGAUCUUUUUUUCUCAGUUUUUGUCACUUAAUGCAACUGUAAAAUGUUCAACAAAAUGACGAGAAAGAAGCUAUAAGUGAGGCAUGACAGAGCUGAACCUACAUUGCGCUACAAUGUUUUUUCUGCUAUGGUUGUCACUUUUAUCUGUAUCUAGCCUUAUUUCUAUAGGUAUUUAUUAUUUUCUAUUGUUAUUUAUUGUUAUGCUGCUCCCCAAUAAAAGGUUAUUUACUAAAAAG